CGACAAAGUUGCCGACAAAGGUAUAGCUUUGUCGGCAACCUUGUCGUUGUCGCUAUCGCUAUCGCUAUCGCCUAUUGUGCAAGGGGCUUUAACUGUUUUGCGUUAUGGCGUUAUGCGCCAGCCGGUCGAUAAGCGAGGCCGGGGACUCCGGGGAGUUUCCUCGUCACUCGUCGCUCCUGCGUCCCGCGUCCCGCCACGCCGGUUCCGCGCGUCGUUCCGGUCGUUCGGAAUUCUCACAUUCUCAUUUCUCGGUCUCGGUCCGGACGAGCUGAUCGACGAAGCGUGAAUCGACUGCCGCUCCGCUGGGUCAUGUUCCAAAACUCACUCUAGGGGGAGGGGGGAAGAGGGGUUUCCUCCUCUUUGGUUAGGAGCAUAGGCGCCUUCAACCCUGCCUUUGGGUUACAUAGCGCAAUCGACAUCGACGACGUCGCCGACACCCGGACUCUCAGAGUCCGGACGUCCCCACGUCGUGCAUUGUCUUAAUUGUCUACCGAUAUGGAAGGACGCGGCUCACGCGGCGGUGGGGCGUAUCUCGCGGUCUUCUCUGGAAUUUUUGCGACCGCCGGUAGUCUUCUGGGCAAGCUUGCCGGUGGCGCUGACGCGUCGUCGUUGACAUCGUUGCUUCUAAAAGGAGUACUUCUCGUCUCUAUGAUCGUGAGCAACACCAUAGGAUGCACGUUUUUUGUCAAAGCGCUUCAUGGCAGCGGUUCUUCUUUGCCGAUAACCGUCGCCAGUGCGGCUACGAACUAUGUUUGUUCGGCUUUCGUAGGAUCCGUCGUGUUUGACGAAUCCACUUCAUUGACCUGGUGGUGCGGAACUUCCCUGGUACUGCUCGGCUUGAUGUUGAUCUGCAAUGUUCCCACUGAAAAGAAGGCUUCCGCCGCCGAGGAAAAAUUGAAACAUCAAUAGCUAACGACGGGCGCUUUUAUAUUACAAGCAAGAAUGAUUAUGGUGAUGUUACAACGGUACGAUUCCAUUUUUGUAUUGACAGAUAUUUAUGUCCUUACGUCAGAAACGUAUUGUGUUAUCUGUAAUAAGAAUGAAUUUUGAUAUACAAAUAAAAGAGUAUAGGAUAGUAUGGAUAGUAUAGUCUUAAGUGUUAUAAAUUACGUAUAAAGCACAAUUAUAUAUUCUUUGUUAUAAAUAAAGUAUUUUAUGUUUUCUCUAUAAUAAUGUUCUACGUAAAUGAUGGAUAUAAUUUUGAAACGCGUUGAUUGUCCGAACACGAAAUGACGUAUAACAUGCACAUAUAUACGAUACCGUAUUAUAGAUUGCUCACUGAACGCAGCAGUGUGAAAUUUAUUAAUGCAGAAGGAUAAAAAUAACCUAUUAGGUCUAAAGAGAAAUGUUUCGCUUUAAGAUUAUUUCGUUCAAAAAGAUUGAUCAGUCUUGAAGAAUCUCGACCGAGUUGCAUGGAAAAUCUUGAGAGUAAAAAGCAAAAGUAAUGAAUUGUUUUGUACAGUAGUAUAAGAAACAUGUAGUGUAUUUUAUGAGGUUUCUUAAAGUAUCGCUUUUCGCGCGAUUAAUCCAUAUUUUUAUCUUUCUGUAGAUAGAUUUU